AUGUCCCUAACCACAGCUUUACAGCGGGUGCUUAAUGGAGCUUUCAGAAACCUUUCUGAAAGCACACGGGAGACUCUACUUCUCUCCCUGCUCCCGAAAUCCCUAGCCGCACUAUUGGGUUACAUUACACUGCGCCAAGUAAAUAGAGCCCUGAAUGCAUGGUCACUGAACAACUUAGCGAGCCGGCCGUGGCAGAAUGACCAAGAGCUCGUCUUAGUCACAGGGGGGUGCAGCGGCAUUGGGAAAGCAGUGAUGGAGGAGCUUGCUCAGCAUGGCGCUAAAGUCAUUAUCCUUGAUAUCCAGCAGCCGUCCUUCGAGCUUCCCCCCGACGUCUUUUUCUAUAAGACUGACAUCACUUCAACUGCUGCCCUACACGCAACAGCCAAUGAAAUUCGUGCUGUACAUGGACACCCAACAGUCCUUGUCAAUAAUGCUGGCGUAUUGCAUUUUACUCCUAUCCUCGACCAAACAGAAGCCGCUGUUCGCCAGACCUUUGAGGUUAAUACCAUGGCCCAUUACUGGACGGUGAAGGAGUUCCUCCCCGCGAUGAUCGAGCGCAACCACGGCCAUGUGGUCACUCUGGCUAGUAUGGCCAGCUUUCUGAGUGCGGGUAACAUGGCUAGCUACGCCUGCUCAAAAGCAAGUGCGCUAGCAUUUCACGAAGCCAUAGGCCAAGAAUUGAAAGUUUGGUACAAUGCCGAUGGGGUUAAGACGAGUGUUUUCCAUCCACUACUACUCGGGUUAAGAUGCUUGAUUACCGCGGAAGUAUCCACCGGAUUCGAACGCUACUACACGCCAGUGUUCAAGAUUGAGAAUCUCGAUCUUGGCCUGCCCGCGGGUAUGUAUCAUGCGAGACCCGCAGCGAGGUCCCACCUAUCCAAACUAUGGAAGUGGGAAUGUUCCACAAAGAAGGUCGAAGACGGAAAGUAA